UCGCCGGCCGCUCGGGCUGAGGGCCGGGCUAUGCGGCUUAGGGGAGCCGGAGGGUGCGGGCGCGCGUCCCUGCGGCGGCGUCCCCGGGGCCGGCGCCCCGUGCGCCCCGGCUCCAGCUGUGGGUCUCUGCUCCCUCCGCCGAGAGGCGUCUUUGUGUGCGGGGGUGUGGGAGGGGAGGCGCGAGGCCGCGUGCCGCCGAGUGCCCGCUCCCUCCCAGGGCGGGUGGGGGCUGCUCCGCGCCUCCCGCCGCCGCCUCCCGAGGACGCCCGCCGCCCGCACCACGCCGGGCGCGCCGCCCCCGCCCGCCGCCGCCGCUCGCACAUGCCCGAGCCGCAGCCUCUCGAGCAGACAGCGCCGUCCAUCUGCCCCGCGGCCCCGGGCCCCGGCUCCCGCGCCGUCCCUCCCCGCGGGCCGGGCGCCGCGGCCCCGGUAUGAGGAGCGGGCGAUGAUCCCCGCCAACGCCUCCGCCAGGAAGGGGCCUGAGGGCAAGUACCCGCUGCACUACCUAGUGUGGCACAACCGCCACCGGGAGCUGGAGAAGGAGGUCCGCGCCGGCCAGGCGGACAUCGAACAACUAGAUCCCCGCGGCCGGACUCCUCUGCACCUGGCAACUACCCUGGGGCACCUGGAAUGUGCCCGUGUGCUCUUGGCGCAUGGUGCAGAUGUGGGCAGGGAGAAUCGCAGUGGUUGGACAGUGCUGCAGGAGGCUGUGAGCACCAGGGACCUUGAGCUGGUGCAGCUGGUGCUGCGGUACAGGGACUACCAGCGGGUGGUGAAGCGACUGGCGGGCAUCCCCAUGCUCUUGGAGAAGCUUCGAAAGGCCCAGGAUUUCUAUGUGGAGAUGAAAUGGGAGUUCACAAGCUGGGUGCCUCUGGUGUCCAAGAUCUGCCCUAGUGACACCUACAAAGUGUGGAAGAGUGGGCAGAACCUGAGGGUGGACACCACGCUUCUGGGCUUUGACCAUAUGACCUGGCAGAGGGGGAAUCGCAGCUUUGUCUUCAGGGGUCAAGACACAAGUGCCGUGGUCAUGGAGAUUGACCAUGACCGCCGUGUGGUGUACAUGGAGACUCUGGCGCUGGCCGGGCAGGACCGGGAGUUACUGCUGGCUGCUGCCCAGCCCUCGGAGGAACAGGUGCUGAGCAGGCUUACUGCGCCUGUCGUCACCACACAGCUUGACACCAAGAACAUCUCAUUUGAGAGAAACAAGACCGGCAUCCUGGGCUGGCGCAGCGAGAAGACAGAGAUGGUGAAUGGGUACGAGGCCAAGGUGUAUGGGGCCUCCAAUGUGGAGCUCAUCACCCGGACACGGACAGAGCAUCUUUCAGAACAGCAUAAAGGCAAAGUUAAAGGCUGUAAGACACCUCUGCAGUCUUUCCUGGGAAUUGCUGAGCAGCACGGGGGACCCCAAAAUGGGACCCUGAUCACCCAGACUCUGAGCCAAGCCAACCCCCCUGCCAUCACUGCAGAGGAAUACUUCAACCCCAACUUUGAGCUUGGCAACCGGGCCAUGGGCCGACCCAUGGAGCUGACCACCAAGACGCAGAAGUUCAAGGCCAAGCUGUGGCUGUGUGAGGAGCAUCCCCUGUCCCUGUGUGAGCAGGUGGCUCCAAUCAUUGACCUCAUGGCUGUCAGCAAUGCACUGUUUGCCAAGCUCCGGGACUUCAUCACGUUGCGCCUGCCUCCUGGCUUCCCAGUCAAGAUUGAAAUCCCGAUUUUCCACAUCCUCAACGCCCGCAUCACCUUCGGGAACCUCAAUGGCUGCGAUGAGCCAGUGCCCUCGGUGCGAGGGAGCCCCGGCAGCGAGACCCCGUCCCCGGGCACCUCCUGCCGUGCCUGUGAGAUCUCCCCUGCACUGUUCGAGGCGCCACGGGGCUACAGCGUGCUGGGCGGCCAGCGAGAGGCUGCGACUCGUGACGAAGAUGAUGACCUGCUGCAGUUUGCCAUCCAGCAGAGCCUGCUCGAGGCGGGCAGUGAGUAUGACCAGGUCACCAUCUGGGAGGCACUAACCAACAGCAAGCCAGGCACCCACCCCAUGUCCUAUGAAGGCCGCCGACAGGACAGGUGUCCCAGGUGUGCCGGGAGCGGGGAGCGCUCGACAAAUCCUCCCCGCCCCCAGGAGCGCCCCACCCACGCCGCAGCGCCAGCCCAUGCGCCCGGCUCCAGUGCCCAGCCCUCGGCCCAGCCCAGGUCCCGGCUCCAGCAGCCACGUGUUCCGGAGCUACGACGAGCAGCUGCGGCUGGCUAUGGAGUUGUCAGCUCAGGAGCAGGAGGAGAGGCGGCGGCGAGCGCGCCAGGAGGAGGAAGAGUUGGAGCGGAUCCUGCGGCUCUCGCUGACCGAACAGUAGCGCCUCCUGCUGGGACCCUCGCCCACUCCACGCAGGACCCGGGUCUGCGCACCUGCCGAGCGGCUGCUGGAGCCUGGAACCAUCGUAUUGGGGGUGUAGCAGCGCAUCAGACUUGAGAUGUCAGGGGUUUGAUACAGGCGUGGAGUAACUUUCCAGGCCAGAGCCCUAGAGGCAUGGCUGGUCUCCCUGCUCUGCUGUAUGGUGACCCCUGAUCCGCUUCUCUGGGCUCAGAUCUGUCCAAGGGCGGAGGCAGGUGAUACUGAAAAGGAAACGCAUCCCUGAGAGGAGCAUUGUCCCUGUCCCUUGCUCCUUAUGGCUGCCCCUUCUUGCUCACUGACCCCUCUCCAGGACACUGUCCCUGAAGCCUUCCGCAUCUCAGCUCUUCACCCCUGGGAGGCAGCUGAUCGCCCUGCGUGCUGUGUCGCUGCUUUGUCCCAGACACACCAGCGCGUCAAGGGCCCAGCCCCUCCCCACCCCGGCAUUUCAGCGUCAAGUGCACUUAGCGGGGUGCCCAGCUCCCCCAGUUCCCACACCUGUCCUGUGUCUCAGGGUGGCCCUAGCUUCUCCUUAGGCAGCCAGGAAUUGGGAUCCCCAUGCUCGCAGCAUGUUUUUCUUGAGAUCAGGGAGUAUGUCUAAGGUCCCCCUAGUUUGGGCAAGGCCUGGUUCCCUCAUGGUGCCUUGGGGAAUAGGGGCAGCAUAUUGGCUUGGGGGCAAGCACUAGACCCGACAGAAGAGGGUUGCUGAGGGCCCUGGCGCCACUAUCACCACCCACCCCCUCCACCAGUCGCUGCUAGCCCUCUGUGGUUGUGCACCCCUCUUGCCCCCAUUCAGGGGCUGACUAACACCCUUUAUCCAAUGGUGCUAACCCCGGCUCUCCCUGUUCCUCCCUACCCACCUAAAGAAGCACAGGCCCAAUGGAGCAGGGGCUGCACCCUUGUCCUGGGCUGCCUUCUGGCUGGCUUCUCUCUGCCAGGGGCUCAGAGGGGGCACAGAAGGGGAUCAAGAAAAGAGCAACAAAGCGAAAUUGUUCUUCCUCUUCCCCGCCCUGAUGCCAGGGGCGCCAGACUGAUUCUGAGGCACAAAUAAAAAAAGGU